AUGUUUCAGGAAAUGAUGUCCGCUCGAACUAGGACAGAUCGCGCCGGAUUAAGCGUUAAUCCGAGUCCACGGCGCAUGCGCAGAGGCGUCGCGCUGGACAAGGUGCGCGUUCGGAGGAGAAGCCAGCGGCUGCGGACCGCGAGGAAACGUCCGGGAAAGCGCGUGAGCGAUCGUUUCGACCCGGGUUGCGAGGAUGUUCGCUCGCGCGCUCCGCUCUCAAGCACGCGUCGCGCGCGCAGGUUACUCUUAAUUCGAGACGCAAGGAGCGGAUUUGAGAAAAACGGCGCGUUUGCUGUCAGUCCGACGAUUAAAAGUGACUUUCUUUGGUUUGAGACUGAGCCAGAUGCUGUUGAAAACUGAGGACAUCUUUCUGAAACGCCGUCAAAAAGCCACUUAUAUAAAGACUGAAGUGAAGUGAUCCACGUUUGUUUCCGAGCCCGGAUAUGCGAACCCAUCAGAACCAGAGCCGAAGUCUGUUGGCCCGGUUCGGCGUGGACGGGAUCGCUCCGACGCGGUCUGAAGUGAUAAACCAUCUCCCAUGACCUACCGAGCCAUGCUUUUCGGCCUCCCUCGUUCCCAGCAUGGCAAAAUGUGAGCUUAUUGAACUGCAGGACUUGACUCCGGAUGACCGCAUCGAGCUGGCGCCCCCCAGCGGCCCCCCGCCCCGCACCGGUCCCACGCUGGAAAGGUGGAGCAAAGAGAAGGUGGUGCGGAUGGUGGGGGAGCGCGUGCGUCUGGAGGACCCCGACUGGCCGACGUGUAAACCGGGACGGGGCCACGACUUCCAGCCCUGCAGCCAGACGCAGCUGAGCUGGUGCGACCUCUGCGGGGAGUUCAUCUGGGGCCUGUACCGCCAGAGCCUCCGCUGCACGCACUGUAAUUACACCUGUCACUACCGCUGUCAACCCUUCAUUGAACUGGACUGCAGCUUGAACCGCGACGGCGUCGGCGAGCAGAUAAACUACUGCGAGGACACCAUCGAGACAGACACGAAUGUGGACGAGCCGGUGGACUGCAGGAAACAGGAGCUGUCCCUCAGUGAAGUACAACAGAAAGUGAAAGAAUACAACGCUCAGGUCAACAGUAACCUCUUCAUGGUCCUGAACCGUGAUGGAUCCUACACUGGCUUCAUAAAGGUCCAGUUCAAGCUGGCCCGACCCGUGUCUCUCCCUCCUCCCCGGAGCGCUUCCUCCUCGUCCUCCUCGUCUUCCUCAGGACUGGACGGCGGCUGCCGCGAGGACAAAGCACUGAAGCACCGCACCUCGUUCUACCUGCCCAGAGACACGGUCAAACACCUGCACAUCAGCUCCGGCACUCGGGCCCGGGAGGUCAUCGAAGCCCUGCUGAGGAAGUUCACCGUGGUGGACAACCCUGCCAAGUUCUCGCUGUUCGAACGCAGCGAGCGACAGAAUCAAGUGUACUUACGCAAGUUAGCCGACGACGAGCGUCCGCUCUUCCUGCGCCUGUGCGCUGGACCCAACGAGAAAGUCCUCAGCUUGGUCCUUAAAGAGAACGAGACGGGGGAAGUUAAUUGGGACGCGUUCAGUUUUCCCGAGCUCCAGAACUUCCUGCGCAUCCUCCAGCGCGAGGAGGAGGACCACGUGCGGCAGAUCGUGCGGCGCUACGCUCUGGCCCGAGACAAGAUGAAAGAGGCCCUGAAGAGCCUGAGCACGCCGGGCUGAGGCCAGCGGGCUUCUCGCACCUCGCAAACGAAAGGAACCGCGACGGAAAGGACGCUCGUGCACAGCUUGUUACCGUUUGAAUCCAAAGAGUGCGUGUGGAGGGACCCUUUGUCCCGCGGCGGACGUGAGACGGGUCGGGAGCGAAAGGGAAACGCAGCGAGAGAGGAGUGGCGUGUGUUUUAGCGUGACUGGUGAGCGUGGAAGAAAUGCUGCGCUCGUACCUCUAGAUCUAUGCAGAUGUGGAGUCGCAGAUUAUUGGUCUGCGGUGAAUGAAUAUCAGUGCAGACUAUAGAGCAUUUUAGUGUAAUUUAUACAUGUAAUAGAGAGAGAGGAAACGAUUAUUUUUAUGUCUGCAUUAAAAUAACACCAUUUAGUGAUAUAGUGUUUGUCAGAUAUUGAAGCACCCACCCGUGUAUAUAUUGGAUGCUCACUGUAAACCGAAUGAAAUAAAAUAUUUUUCCCCCUUUAAAA